AUGAGAGUCCCUUACCUGGUGAUUGGGUCAAUGAUGAUUGGGCUGAUGAACCUAGUGAACAUGUUGAAGAUGCUUCAAAUGCCAAUGGAGUUAUAGUAAGAGAGUUAACUAUUUUAUUAAUAUUUUGGGAAAUAAGUAUAUAUAUAUAUAUAUAUAUAUAUUUUAUAAUACAUUUGAAAAGUUAUGUUAUAGAAGUGCUGAUUAAAAAAAAAAAGUAAAGGGUGUAUUGAAUUUAUUAUGAAAUAAUAUUGUUUCAUUUAUAUUAAUAUUGCUAUGUAUCGUAAGGUUGAUUGUGUCCAACCUUACUUAUUACUCGAUAGAGUGCCAGAAUAAUGGGUGGAGAUAUACAAGGAAUCAGCCUGUUUGACACUUGUAUGUAUCGCAACCAAACUGAUAAAUCAGUCAUUUAUAUUUAUAAGAACAAAAUAACUUCAGUGAUUACGAAGUAAAUCACUAGAAAGAUAUGUUUCAUUAUAAAGUUACUACACAAUUAUAAUUUAAAACACUUAUAAAGCACAAUUAUAGGUUAAUAACUGUAUAUUAUAAUUCAAAGUACUUGUUAGUGGAUAUAAUAAUAUUUAUGGUGAUAUAUAUAUAAAAAUGACAAUAAAACAUUGAUAUUUUUGAAACGUUGAUGGUUUAGUUUCAAUAUUUUAUGUUAAAGCUUUAUUGAUGUUUCAAUUUCGAUGUUUGCUUAUUUUCAAGGGAAUAUCAAUGUUGCUUGUCUUCAUGAUUAUUCUUACAUACAAUUGGACAAAUUAUGAUUCCAGAAGGCUGAAUAGCUAUAGUUUAUAUUUGUGGUUUGAGUGUUAGGUAAUAGGACAGUGAGUGUCUUUUUAAUGUACCCACGGUAAAGGGUAAUUAUUUACUCUGUAUUUCUAUUUGAUAUAUCAAUAUAUCAAUAUUUAGAUAUUAAUUUUUAAUUAAACUUGAUAUUCUUAACAUUAAUGGUUUGAAAGAGUUACAUUAAUGUUCUUAAAAAAAUUGCCAUCCUUCGAUAUGGCACUUUGAGAGCCAAGUCUUCACAAGUGAUGACACUCUUUGUGUCUCUUUGUAGUGUCUGGAAUUCUGUGACUUAGAAAAGUCUUAUCUGGCCAUAUGUGCUCGUAUCUAUCACUAUUCAAUAUUGUACUAUGUGCAUUAUAGUUAAAAUAAUAUUAUAAUAUUUUACAAUUUACUGAUUUAUAAUUAUUAAUCUGUGGUUAGCCACAAAACCCUCCCUGCAAAACUUGAGUUUGUUCUCAACAAAGCCUUUUUAUGCCACUCACAUAUUGGUUCGGGUACUUUCAGAAUAUAAAUAUGUUAGUAGUUACAAUAUUUUUGGGUUCAUUUCAUAAUAUGGAUAUUAAUAUUACAUCAUUUUACAUAGUUCGAAACAUAGCUAACUUAAUAAACGAAAAUAAAAUAGUAAUAACAAAAUAUUAUGAUUAUCAUACAAAGUUAUAUUUUUAUUACACACGUUAACACAUCAGAUGAUCAGACAUCUAGGUCACCAAUUACUAGUUAACAAUACAUUUUUAAACAUAACAAUUAGUGUGUAUUUUUAUAAAUUCCUGUAAUAAGAAAUAGAAAUAUUUUAAAUAAAAUAAUGACAAUAUAGCUAAUAAGUAUGCAGUUAAUAUAACAUAAUAUAUUAAAAAUAUAAAUAAAUUAAAUAAUAUAUAAAAACAUUACAAUAUUUAUAUUGGUUUCGCUAUUUAUAUAAUAUCAUUGGUCUUUAUUGUGUUUAGUGUACUCCUGUUUUUAUUUAUUAACCGCUAAUAGGUAGGAAAUAAUUUGUGCUUAUUUUCCAUAUUUUAUAUUAUUAGGUAAAUCUUCUUGAUUUCUGUUCUUUAGCUAUUAAAUUUAUAUGGCCAUAAUCUCCCGGUCACAUAAUUUUUCUAUUACUUCUUUAUUCCUUAUCCUGUUUCUAUAGACUAGAAUAGGCUUGUUCCUGUUAUGUAGGUAUUGAGUAAUAUAAUGGAUUUUUAAAUUUGAUUUAGGUUCAUUUACACUUAAAAUUAACUGUUUCUGUUUCAAUAUUGCCUACAGGGACUCAGUUUUUUUUUCAGAGAUAUUUCUUAAGGCCAUUUUGCACUCUACUUUGUACUUUAAUAUACUAAGUUUUUUGUCUAUUAUGAGUCGUAUUGGUCUACUUUAAGGGUUUCUUUGCUACUCGCCGUGUUCAGUCAUAAGCCUGAUAUAAAGAUCAAAUCCUUCCUAAAUAUAUUUUGUGAGAAUUCAAAUUUGACUAUUACAAACUUGUAUGAGUGAAAACCCACACCCCUUUGAAAUAAACUAUUGAUUUAAGGAGGUUUAAUGAUAAUGUUAUGUAUUUACACAUAAUAUAUUCCUAUGACCUAAUAUUUACAAUAUAAUAUUUUGUUUGGUUCAUAAUACUUUUAUCGAAAUGUCUGGGGCGAUAUUGAUGGUUUCGCUCCCCUCCCCCGUCUAGCGUUUACAAAAUAAUAAUAAUAUGAUCACGCCUGCUAUCCCUACAAAUGUCAAUUUAAUGUAGGUUAUAUUUUUAUAAAUAAAUUUUAACAUUGACAAUUCCUUGUUAUGAUAUUUUGCACCAGCAACCUGCUCUCUGCUUAUCAUGUGCAGAUCAUAUGUGUUACCCCCUUUAAAGAUUUAACCUUGGUUUUGAGUAGUGAUUUUAGUUCGUUAAUAUUCUUGACUGUUUCAAAUUCCGGUAUACUACUUAGUACCUUGGUACAUCAGAUAAUAUAUUUAUCAAUUUGGUACUUUUGACAAGUUUAGUAUUGACACAACAUAAAUAACCUGUCCCCUUGUAAAUAAUGGGUAUUCACUAGCCAUAAUGCAUUUCCUUAUACUCACAGAAUUGUAUCUGACAUAGUUCUCAAAAUGUUUAUUUAUAGAAACAAAAUCGUAGGUAAACUCAACAUAUGCAAAAUCACGGAAAACCGUUUUGGUGGGUAAUUGAAUAAGAUGGUAUAGCCUAAAAUUACAUCCAUCUACUAAAGGUAUUUGUAUAAGAAAAAUUAAAAAUCGGUUCACACAACUAACUGUAAAACGUUUAAUAUUUUAUAAACCUCUCUAAGGUUCAAUGUAGCCGGAAAGGUAUUUCUAAAAGUAUGAUUUUUAAUUGAUUCAUAAUAUCCUGUGGUGACAAAAUAUCUUUCUAUCCUCUAUUUCAUCUAAUAAUGGAGAUCAUGUAGUAGUUAUAUCCGUACAACGUGAUAUGUUGCCAUCCUUGUUACAUUAUCACUCAUAUUCAUAAGUAUUUCAUAAAAAUUCCCUAAUUCUAAUAUCCUAUCAUCGUAAUUUGUUAGUCAUAAUAUCCCAAUUGGACACUUUCAUUGGCCUUUCAUUUUUGUAAUAUAGACCUAGCGAGUGGUGAUCGGCUUAAUAUUGUGUAAGUUAUCCACCCCUCCUACGCUCAACAUUAUUGCAGUUGCUAUUAUUAGUUGUAAUAGCCUUAAUAGGCUGGGGCUAUACACGGCGCGGGGAAAUUCGCCUAGUAAAUUUCACUGUCAUUGAAAACCUAUAAUAUCAAGUGUAAUAACUUUACGAACUAAAUCACGGUGGUAUUCGUUGCUGAGUGACGAUUAUUUUCAAAAUUGCACAAUCCGUAAAAUCGCGGUACGGUCAAUUUCAAUUGAUUUUAAUGGUAACGGCUAGCUAAUUUUGCAUCAAUUUUUAAUAUCAUACGUUAUUUUAAUAGAAUAUUAUUGUAAAAUUGUAAAUAUCGUAAACAUACCUAUUAUAAUAUUAUUUAUAUUUAUGGUGACCAGACGUACUCUUUUUCGUUGGACAGUACUUUUUUUUGAUUGUUCUAUGUUUUUAACAAUAGUGUUAAGUACAUAAAAUUGAACUCAUUUUUUGAAAAUUAUAAAUAAUAAAUAAAUAAAUUUAAUUAUGUAUAUUUUAAUUAUACUUGUGUACUUUAAGUUGACAACUUAAAAUUACUUAACUUUCAAAAUAUUUUCAUCAUAAAGACACAAACCAAAAGAGUUGUCAUUAUGAUUUCAAAUAAUUAAUUUUUAUAGUUGAUAAUAGAAAAAAUAAUAAUAAAGUAAUCAGAUGAAAAAAAAAAUGUAUAGAGAUGGAGAUAUGCUAUGGGCAAAUUGAGUAGAAUGAUAUAAACUUAAUACACAUUGGCUAAUUCUUUCAAGAGAGAGGUUUUUUUUUACAAUGGAGGACCUAAAUUUUAAAAUUACUUUUUUUUUGGAUUUUUAUAUCUAUAGUUUUUUUUAGUUUUUACCGACUUCGAAAAAGGUAUAACUUGUAUAAAAUUGUAUAACUGAAUUAUUAUCAUCUCGCAUAUCUUUCCGUCAACAUGACUGAUAUUGACAAUGUGAGACUCAUUAUGGAAAUUAAUUUGAAACCGUGUAUUUGGGACACUUCAAGUGAAAAGUACAAAAUUAGGGAUAGAAAACUGUUAAUUAUAUUAAUAUUUUCAAAACUGAAAUCUAAAUUAUGGUAUGAAUAUUUGGAAAAUCGUGGCGAAAAUAUUGAACGAAUCCGUCUAGUGAAUUUGUUGUGUAUAGCCGAAUAGAAUGAUAGAACGCCGUGUAUAGCUCCAGCCUAAAUGAAAAAUAAAAUUGUAUCCUUAAAUAUGUAUACAUUAUUUUGGUGCAGUUUUAUCUUUUGUCUUCCUCUUUGUAAAACCACGUUGUAGUCUUCAUGUCUAAUGCUGUGUAAGGACUCUCCCAUAAUAGCAUUAAUUUUUUUUUUCCCAUGAUCAAUAACCAAAACCUUAUCCCCUAUGGCCUAUAUGUACAUUUUGUAUGCGCUGGUUUCUAUCGUAAUAGAACUUGGUUUUUCUUUUAUUCGUGGUCUAGUUUUCUCUCUUUAUUCCAUUCGCAAUUUGCCUUUUUUAAUUUCAUAAUUCUCGUAAGUGUAUCAUGAUUCCAGUUUCCUCUGGAAAACUGACGUCAUACUAACCGGAUUUCCAUAUAUAGUAACUCAUAUGGCUAAAAUCGCGUUCUUUCAUGUAUGGCUAAAUUGAAAGAAAAAAUUGUAUAAGGAAUAUGCUUGCACCAAUUUUAUGCGUGGUGAUCUACGUUAUGACGCAACAUUUAUUUUAUUUCUCAAUGUGUUUUUAAACCCCCAUUGGCUUGUGGAUGAUAUGGACUCGAUAACAGUUUUUUCAUGCCCGAAAUCUUAUAAGUUCUUAUAAAAAUGUCGCUAACAAAUUCUGACCCGUUGUUAGUUAAAAUUGCUGCUGUCGGUAACCUACUGUGAAUACACAUGAAACGCUUUACAAAAGAUUUGGCUAUGGUAUUUACCGUAUGGUUUUCUAACGGAAUUGCUAAUAGGAACUUAGUUAAAUCAUCUUGUAUUUGUUAAUAUUUACGAAUUAUUAUGCUUAUAAGAUGUAGGAACUACUACAUCGUGCGGCAGACCAAAACUGGUCGAGACUCACGCAUGUUCGUCCCAUUUCUGGCAGUUUCAGCCGCUGUCGGUCGCGCCACCAAGUAUACAUAGUGAGCUGUAUUAACACAACACUUAACGGCCGUUCGUACGCGUUUAUAUAUUAGUAUAUACAAAACAAUCAUGUUUUUAAUGUAGCGUGUGACAGGUAUAAUAGAGUAUGAUACAGUAGAUUAUAGGAGGAGAAUAUAUGUAGGUAUAUUUGUCAAUAAUUAAAUUAAUUCAAUUCUAUGUAUAUAUGCCGGUGUCAAUAGUAACCAGUCGAUGGAGACCAAUUAUAGAACAAUUAUUCAUUCUGUGGGAGUGGCAUGUUGCUCCGCCGCCGAUUAAGAUGCGCGACGCGUGGUGUGUUGUCAUUUGAAAAAAAAGACUGACAUACUUUGUACGUGGGUGCAACCAUUGUUGUAGGUGAGAAGUCGGCUAAGUAGUAGAGGGAAAAAUUGAAUGUAUAUCUGUAAGCAACGAUAAGCCAUUGCUAACGAAAAAACGAUUCUGAGCAGUGAGUGAAGUUCAAUUGAUAGUAUUGCUUUGGUAUAUUAUAGUAAAAUAAUUAAAUAGGCAUUGUAUAUUUUCUUUAACAAUAUUUGUUUAAUAUUGUACCGGUUUUCCUACGUUUUUCUCAUGUUUUUACUCUGUUUUUCUAUUUAUAAGGAAAAUUCCUGGGAAAAUCAAAAAAUUUAACCUCUUAAAGUACCUUCCCAGUCAGAUUUACUUUUAGUAAAACAUUUUUCAUUGUAAAUCGAAGCAAAAUUACUGGUAGAAAAGUUGUCCAAAAAAAAAAAAAGACCGUAAUAUUUUACUAAUACAUUUCGUAAAUUUUCCCGUUUUACCUCAGUUUUUUUUUUUGUUUUGAUUUUUCAAAAUUAUUGAUUAAGAAAACUCCUAAGCAAAUCGAAAAAUGACUUCCCUAAAAUACCUCUUUAGUCCGAUUUCCUUCAGAAAAAAUUUGAGCAAGAUUUCUAGUUGAAAAGUUUGCACAACAAAUCGAGCGGUAUUUUUGGAUUAAAAUAGUCCGAGCGAGCGAUAGCUGGGUCUCUAGGUACAUCUAAAAUGCAUUUGUUUUUUCCCUGUUUAAGUAAAAGGGAAAACAUUUUUUUUGAAACCUAUGUUUGAACUCACGAUCUCUAGAAUGGCAAUAGUUAUCUAUCACCAUAAGACUACGACAGGCAUACUUUAAAAAAAAAAAAUAAUAAUAAAGCUAUUUGACUUAAAAUAUAAUAAUCAGCUAAUUGAUUUUGAAUUGCAGUUAGAUUAUAAUUUUGAUGGUGAUGUGCCCGAUAAUUGAAAUUCACUAAAUUUACUUUUUUUAUGCUUUAUUUUCUUUUUCCUGUAACUUUUUGUCUAUACCAUCAAUACAACCAAUAUGACCAGGAAGUCUGAUUAAAUACGAGAUAUUUAGUUGGCUGCACGAUGUUUGUAAUGUUCACUUAAUCUGAUAAUUUCUUUAGUUGUGUGUACCUACUACCUAUUUAUAAAAUGCAUAAUAAAAUGUUGAAAAAAUGGCACUUUCAUACAUCAAAGUCAAUAUAUCUGUUAUCUCUAAAUGAAAAUAAAUAAGAAGUACGUAAGAAUAUAAUUUAUAGACAAUUUUAUUUUAUUUAAAACAUACUAUGUAGCAAAUUUCAAUUUUCCUAUACUCGUAUUUAAAUGGGGUAUGCAUACACAUGUGAAAUAUGUAUACCAUUAAAUUACGAGUGCCGUCAGACAUAAUAUGAGAUGACAUUAGAGUUUAAUAUAACAUAUAUCAGAACUUUAAAAAACUAUAAUUUUGAAACUAAUUUAGUCCGAUUAAUUCUGACUUCACCAUCGUUCUUAAAUUGGCAAAAUACAUAUGUUCAACACAAAAAAACUGAAAAAAUAGAUUUGUUCCAUAUCAUUUAUUACUUACAAGAUUUUCGUCAACAUUUGAUAUUAAAAUUACUUAAUAGAAAAACAUAUUACAUUGAACUCAAUUUUUUUUUUUUUUGACCACAAAGUUAGACUUUUAAUGAAUUUCCGGUUAAAUUUUCAAGCAUUUCUGUUUAGUCUAACAAUUAUACCACAGAGUAAAUACCGAAUAAAAUUUCCGUGCAAAACUCGCAAAAUUAAAAUGUCUAUGUGUAGCUCAAAAAUGGCUCAAAUUUUUUGAAAAUUUUAUCAUGUAUAUUAUAAAAGACGUUAUUAUAAAAUAUACUUUUUUUGUCCAAAUUUUAAGUUACUACGAAUAUUUUUAAAUUAAUUAUUACAAAUAACAAAAUUUUAAAAAUAAUAAAAGCUUUAUUUUCGUAAAUUUCCUGUUUUUCUUAAAUGUUAUCUCACUUUUCCAUUUUACAGGGUUACCUCUCUAUCACUUAUUCAGCUAAAUGUCCCUUUAAGUUUUUCUUUUAUUAUAAAGUCACUUUUUUCAUUUAUAUUUGUCGUAAAUUUUUUUGAACUAUUUAUAUUAAUUUUUUUCAAAUAUUUUUAGAUUUAUUAUUACACAAAAAAGUGAUAUAUUUUAGAUUCCGAAUGGAGCAAAGAAGCUUAUGGUUUUAUAGAGAUUUUUAUUUUUUUUUUCUGUGGACAACUUUUCUACCAGCAAGUUUGCUCCAACUUAUAAUGAUAGCAAUUUUUCUAAAAAGAAAUUUUACUUGGUAGGUACUUUAGAGAGGUCGUUUAUUGAUUUUUUCUGGAGUUUUCUCAGCAGAUGGAAAAUUUGGAAAACAUGAGAAAACAGGAGAAAUCGGUACAAUAUUAAAUAAAUAUUAUUAAUGAAAUUGUAUAGAGCCUUUUUAAUUAUUUUAUUAUAAUAUGACAUAUGUAUUGUUGACAAAGCUAGUUAUAUUUUAGUUAUCUAAGUAUAUAAAUAUCUUAAAUCUUAAUUGUAACAUUGUUAUGUUCUAAAUGCUGGUUGGUUAACCGAAUGUAAUCUGUAACCUUUUUAGGUAUUUUUCGUUAUUUAAAUAAUUAAUAUAUUUUGUUAGCACAUUAUUUCAACAAAAAUUAAUAAAAAGUUUCUAUAGAAAUUUGUAUUUUUCAAUUUUGUCAAGAUGAAAAAUAAUCAAUUCUUUAAGUUGGUACAUUGUACUAACUUGUAAUUUAAUAAUUAAAAGUAUCUAUUUACUCUACCUGCAUUUAAAAGUUAAUAUGUUUUCAUUUUACUACAAUGUAUCUUAUGCAAAAUUAUAAUAACAUAUUUAUAAAUUAAGGUAAAUCUUAUGAAACUCAUUUUAUUGAUGUAUUUAAGUAAGUCUCUUUUUGGUCACUUUUUUGAUACAUUUUUGUGACUAUCCACUAUUUUAAGUACAAAAUAUUGGUGGAAACUCUGCUUUUAUUGGGAAAACUGCCCGGAAAAUCAAAAAAUUAUUUCCCCAAAGUAUCACCCUAAGAAAAUUUCCUUUCAGAAAAGGGUUUACAUCAUAUACAUCGGAGUAAGAUAUCUGGUAGAGUUUUUGUACAUAGUAUAAAAAAAAAUAAACAUCUUUGUAAAACUAAUACAUUCUUUGCUACACCCAGAAUCUAAUAGUAUACCUCUAGUAAGGUUUAGAUGAAUUCAUCGUGGUGAGCAUAAGUAGGUCGUUUUUUUAGUACAAGAUGUGUUGUAUAAAUUACCAACACAUAGUCACUGUAUAUAAACAAAUAAUAAUAAAAACAAUCAAUGAUAAUUGAUAACAACUCUGAACCAAAUCAAAUAUAUACAAGGAAGUACGCAAAGUCAAUAACGACACGUGUCGUAGUUGACAUACUUUAAGAAAGCCAAGUACGCAACAGUACGAGAAGUAUGCAAAGUAAGAAUUUCAGUGGAAUAGCAUUAUGCCAAGAAAGUAAGCCAGGUAUGUGCGUACUUGGCGUAGUUUCAUUAGUAGAAUAGACCCCUGUAUAUUGUGAGUACAGCUACCUAUAGUUUGCAACAUCAUUGUGCCAACAUAACGCAUAUGAUAUUACAAGAGUGUCAACAACCUGACACAUGGCAUUUUUGGAUUUUCUUAUUUUAUUAAAAUGUCCAUUUUUAUUACUAUUUUUGCUCCGUUACAGCUACUUCUAGAUUUAUUUACAGUUAUAUUGUCUAGAAGAUUUUUCAUCAAAAUUCCUCCUUUUUUCAAAUUGCACUAGAUAAUAAAUGGAAAAAAUAAUGUGAUAAUAAGUACAAUUAUAAAGUACAUAUGUAAUUAUUUUAUCAUAAUAUAUAUUGUUGAAAAAGUGACACUAUCAACCGAAAUUCGCUCAGAAUCGUUUUUCGUUAGUAAUGUUUAUUCCUUGCGUACAGAUAAACAUUAUAUUUCCUUUCUACUACCUUCCCAACUUCUAACCUACCACAGUACUCUAACAUGUGAAGUGUAUCCGUUUUUUUUAGUAUUUUAUUUAAAUUCAGCUCAAUUUUCUACUUUUCAAAUUUGAGAAAUUCAUAAGCUUGUCAUUUUAAUCGGUUUUAGCUCCUUUUAAAAAUAUCCUUUGACUUUAUCACUAUUACCUGUAUAUACAGCCUGUCAUACGAUGUUUGACAGAUUUUUCAAGCGUUGUUAAUAUUACAUUUUUUUUUUUUUUUUUUUUUAAUUGGUUUGUUUUCGAGGGGGUAUUAGUUUGAGGAAAAAUUAAACUUGAUUUUUCAUCCCUUAGACAUAGAAAAAAAAAAUAACUUAAUUUAUUCACUUUAGAAAAUUUUCAAAAUAGCUAUUAUUCUUAAUGUUUUAAUGUAUCAUACAUACAUAUUCGAUUAAUAGUUUCUUAAUUAUAGCCGGUUUAAUUUCUAUAAAAUAGAUGUGAAAACAAUUAAUAUUCUAUAGAAGGUGUAGAAUCACCGUGCUGAUUGUAAUUCCUUAUCGCAUAACGUGUUAUUUUAUUGAAUAUUAAUUGUUUUCAUGCCUAAUUAAAACGGUUACAAUUAAGAAAUUAUUCAUCGGCUAAGAAUGUUUGAUACAUUAAGAUUUUUAGAAUAAUAUUUUUUACAAAAUGGCUAUUUUGAAAAUAUUCUAAAGUGAACAAAUUAAGUUGUUUUUUUUCUGUCUUUAACGGAUGAAAAUAAAAAUUCAAUUUUUUUCCAAAUCGAUGUGUUCUCUUUGAAGAUAAACCUAUUGAAAAAAAAAAUCGAAAAAAUUUAAUAUUAACAGCGCUAGAAAAAUCUGUCAAACACGGUAGAACAUACUGUAUAUUGGGACCCGUUUCGUUACCAUUUUACACUAAGCCGUUGCAUAUAUUUUUCUUAUAUGAAUGCUCGUAUAUAAUAUACUCUUAUUUUUAUGUAAUAAAAAAAGACAAAUUUUUCCAUUCUUACAAUUGCAUGGACAGCAUAUUAUAGAAUGAUGUUGACGUGUGGUUGAAACUAAAGAUGUUCAUUUCCCGACUUUGAUCCUUGGUAGACUGAUGGUUGAUUUUCCGAUUCUCCGUUGACUUCCACUGAUAGACGUUAACUCAUCAUUUGGAACUGAAAUUUCCUCUGACUAAAUUUAUCAUUUCCUAUUCGCUGGAGAUAAUGAAUUUGUCAGGAACUGAAUCUGAAUCUUAGAAAAUCUAUUUCCAAUUAUGCCACUAAAAAUAGUUCCUUGCGGAUAUUUGCGGCCAACUUUACCUAUUAUUCGGCUGAGUGCUAGAACUACGGACGGAGAUGUAAUAGAGAUUAGCCUGCUCGACAUUUUAUGUGUCACGAUCGAACUGAUUUAUCAGUCGGUUAAUUUAUGAGAACAAAAUAACUACAGUGAUUACAGAAUAAACUACUAGGAAGAUAUAUUUCAUUAUAAGGUUAAAAAGCACAAUUAGAUGUUAAUAAGCACAUAUAAUUUAAACUACUUGUUAUUGGAUAUUAUAACAUUUAUGGUGAUAUGGUCAUAUGGAGCAGUCAGAGAGCCAAGUCUUCACAAAUAAUGAUAGAAAGCUCGACUGAAUAAUAUUUGAUUCCCUAUGGUGCCUAAAGGUAUCGGAACCCUGUGAAACGGAAAAGUUUUAUCUGCCCGUGGGCGCUCGUAUGUAUCGAUAUUGUAUUGACGCGCAUUAUAGUUAAACUAAUAUUAUAAUACUGUACUAUUUUAUAUUAUUAAUCUACCAUUGACCACAACAAUACAAUUAAAACAAAAAUAAGUAUAUUUUUAAUGAACUAUUCCUAAGCAAUUUUAAUUAUUCUCUAUCACACUACUGUACCUUCUCUUUAUUUCGUGCCCGCUACAAAUUCUUAUCAAAAAAAUGUUACCGCCAUUUCAUCUCCUGUACGGAGUCUUCUUACAUAAUCGACGCUAUUUCUGGAGUUUUAUUCGUAAAAUAUGCUCCGCUUCAUCUACCCCUCCAAAGUCACUUAUAUUGAUUCAACCAGUGAAUAUCUUUUCGAAGCCGCAAACCUUUUCUCAAAUCAGUUAUUUUCUGUUUACUUCUCCGCCCCCUCUUCUGACUCAAUAGCAAUUUUUUCUUUCCCACUACCUUCGUACUCUUUGCCCAACAACGUCGAUUUCUCCUCAACUUAUGUAUCCAUAUCAUUAAAGUCCCUACGCAAUCAACGAUCGUCCGGUUCGGAUGGAAUUCAAGGCUACUUUCUAUUCAUGUUAUCUGACUCCCUUGCUUAUCUUCUUUCUAUACUAUUUAAAAAAUUCAUAAAUUCCAGUAUCUUCCUCUCUAUUCUUAAACAAGGGUCUAUGACCCCUAUUCAUAAAUCUUUCUGUCAUUCUAACUUCACAAAUUAUCGACCUAUAAUCUUUCUCUCUUAUUCAUCAAAAAUGUUUGAAUCACUAGUACAUAACUUCAUACGUCCUUCCCUUAAUCACAUUAUCUCUGAUGAUCAACAUGGAUUUCGUCCCAGUCGUUCUACAACUACAUGCAAUCUUGAUAUCACUUCCUUCAUAUUUAACUCCUUUGCUGUUCGGAGCCAGGUAGAUAUUGUCUACACAGAUUUUUCUAAGGCGUUUGUUUAUGUUGAUCACUCGUUAUUUGUCAAAACUUUGGACCUGUUUGGUAUCGGUGAACCAUUUCUCUUCUGGAUCCCCUCUUAUUUUACAAACUAACUCCUGUAUAUCAAAAUUCAGAACUCAUCAUCUAAUGCCUUCUACCUUUCUUCUGGUGUACCUCAAGGAGUGGUUCUCUCAUCUCUCCUCUUUGCCUUUUUCAUAAACUCAGCUUCUUCCGUACCCUGACGACAUAAAACUCUAUUCACGCAUCUCUCCCUUCUCUUACUAUCACUUAUUGCAAUCAGAUUUAAAUCCAUUGGUUUCUUGGGGUGAAUUCUUCGGCCUUUAUUUAAAUAUCUCCAAAUACUCAGUUAUGACUUUUUUCUACAUAUAAAAUGCAGAAAACUCGCCUCCAAUUUAACUACCAUAUCUUGGCAAAAUCAUCUUCCGGAGCCUUUGUUUGUGAUCUUGGUUUCACUUUAACGUCUACUCUCUAUCCUCUCAAGCAUAUUGAAAUUGCCUGCUGUAAAUUCUUCAAACUCUUGGGGUCCGUUAACCAAACCACCCAACAGUUCCAUCUUCUUUUCCCACUCAAAAAUUUUUUCUGCUCCCUUGUUCGCCUUAUCCUAGAAUAUCUGUCCUCUGGGACCCUUUAACAUCUUGUGGUAAAUUCACUAUCGAGCGUGUUCAACGCAAUUUUUUUCAUUUAGUUGCCUUCAGUUUUAAUAUCCCCCACCCACCUCAUAAUUACUCUUUCAUUCUCCAAGAUUUACAACUAACUAGCCUUGCUGAUCGCAGGCACUUAUCUAACAUUCUUUCUCUCUAAUAUUAUUCUAAUAUUAUCUCUGGCAAAAUUGAUUCUCCUUCUCUUUUAUCUUAACUUAAUUUUAAAAUUCCUCUUUGUCUUACCCACUAUUCUCCGCCUUUCAUAAUUCCUUUUUUCUAAUUAUUCACUCAACUCUUCUAUUUCUCGCCUUGUGUGCGCUACCAACUCUGACCUCUCAUUCAACCUGUAACCUGUCUACUUAUCUACUUUUAUUAUUUUGAGCUUGUCCUGUAUAUUGAAUAAAAUAAAUAAAAAUAAAUUAUUAUAUGUUUGAUAAUACCUAAAGUAAGAAAUUAAUAUUUGAAUUUUUGGGGUCUUAAUUAUUUUAAAAUUAUUUGUUUACUAAAAAAUGUUUGUUUGAACAAAAUAUAUCUAAUUAUACUGUAUAUUAUUAAGAUUUAUGUUUUAACUGUAUCUAAAUAAAAAUAUUACAAGAUUUAAUUUUUUUUUUUAAUUAGCGAAAACGAAAAAUAUCAAACUCCACAUUAGCUGCUGAAGAUUUUCCGUCCAAAAAACAAUAUUAUGAUCAAAAUAACUUGACACUUGAAAGGUAUGUAAAUACUAUAUUGUUAUAUUAUUAUAUUAUUUUUUAAGUUAUCUAUAACAUAAUCAUAAUUAAUGUCGUACUAUGGCUUAUUAAAUGAUACAUAUUAUACGUUUUGAAAGUACAAACAUUUAAUUAGACAUUUAUCUUCUUUAUCUUUUAACAAUAAAUUCAACAUUUAAAAAUAAAAACUUAUUUAUUUUAGAUUCGGAGUGGAGCAAAGAAGCUUAUAGUUUUAUUUAGGUAUAUUAGAGAAGUCAUUUUUCUAUAUUUUUUUUAGGAGUUUUCUAAUCAAAUUUGAAAAACCAAAAAAAAAAACAGAAAAAUAUUAUUAUAUAUUAAUAUAUUUGUAUAAUAUUACAAUUUUUUUUUUCUGUAGACAACUUUUCUACCAGCAAAGUUUACUUCAACUUUUAAUGUUAGCAAUGUUUCUAAAAAAAAAUGUCACUAGCGAGGUACUUUAAGGAGGUAAUUUUUCGAUUUGCUCAGAAGUUUUCCCAACAAAUGUGAAAAACGGGAUAAAACAUUGAUAAACGGAAAACUUAGAAAAACCGAGAAAAUCCGUACAGUACAACAUUAAACAAAUAUUAUUAAAGAUUAAAGAUUAUUAUUAAAGAUAAUAUUAAAGCUUAUUUAAUUAUUUUACUAUACAAUUACAUAUAUAUUGUUUACAAAGAAUAUCUAUCAAAUGAACUCCGCUCAGAAUCGUUUUUUGUAAGCAAUGUUUUAUUAUUGAUUACAGAUAUACAUUAAAGUAUCUAUAGCAGUGGCAGUGGCUGCGCCCGUCCCCAUUAUCCUAGGACGUCUUUUUAAAUUUUAAUCCCUGAUAUCAGUGGCACAACCAAGGAGGUUGGGAUUUUUUUUUUUUAUAAACCUAAAAUUUUGUUAUUGCUUGGAUCAAUAAAUUUAAACAAUUUACAACAAACGACAAUACAUUGGUUUCUUUUGUUGAUUUUUGGGUUAUCUUGAUUACACAGGAAAAACAAUUAAACCUUACCAGAUUAUAGAUCUUUACUCAAAAUCAUUUUUUGAAUGCAAUGAUUUAUAUAAUUAAAUUAUCUUAUUACCUAUUUCUUUGAUACUUCCCGCCCAUAACAAUUGAUACGAUGUUUAUUAUGCAUGGUUUUUAUAUUAUUAUUUAACUAAUAAAAAUAAAUUUAAUAUUUUUUCUUACCCAUAAUUAUUUGUCAUUAGUCUUAAGGAAAUAAAAUGUGUUGUUUUUAAAUUUAGAUUCUGGUUAUAAAAAUAACUUUUUGUUUUUUUUUUUUUUCAAAAAAUAGUGUUAUAAUUAAAAAAUACCAAAAAAAAUUUCCUAGGAUAACGGGGACAGGUGCAGCCACUGUUAUAGGUAAUUUAAUGUGUACCUGUAAACAACGAUACACCAUUGCUUUCAAAAAAACAAUUCUGAGCGGAGUUUGAUUGAUAGUGAUGCUUUGUCAACAAUAUAUUGUGUAUUAUGAUAAAAUAUUAAAAUAGGCAUUAUAUAUAUAUAUAUAUUUAUUAAUAAUAUUUGUUGAGAAAAAUCCUGGGAAAAUCAAAAAAAAUGACCUCCCUAAAAUACUUUCCGUGUCAGAUAUCCUUUCAGAAAGAGUGCUAUCAUUGUAAAUUUUGGUCAACAAUAAAAAUGUAAUUUUGUAGUAAAAUUAUUUAAUUUGACUUAUAUAUUUUCUUUACUAAUAUUUGUUUAAUGUUGUUCUGAUUUCCUGGUUUUUCCUGUUUUCCCAUGUUUUUUCUGAGUGUUUCACAUUUGCUGAGAAAACUCUUGAGAAAAUCGAAAAUGACUCUUUUAAGGUACCUUCCCACACUGAUUUCCUUUCAGAAAAGUUGCUACACGUAAAAAUCGGAGCAAAUCCUCUGGUAGAAAUGCUGUCCACAGAAAAAGAAAAUAAAUAAUAAACAUUUUUGUAAAACUAUAAGCUUCUUCGUUCCGCUCAGAAUCUAAAAUUUGGAUUUUCAUUGAUGGUACUUUUUUGGAAAUUUUCAAUAUUUUUUUAAAAAAAUUGCUUUAUAUAUUUGUUUUUAUUUUUUUUCUAACACUUGGUUAAGCUAAUUUUUUUUGUAGCAUACAAUUAUAUGGAAAAUGUUUAUCCAGUAGUACACUAUUUCCAAAAUGCAUCAACAUUUUCAGCAAUUCACAUACUUUAACUUUUUUUUAUUAAUUUCUGGGUUACCUCGGCAACAAGGGAAAAUCCGACUAGUUUACUAAAACUUUACUAUUCCUUUCAAAAUUGUUUUUUUUUUUUUGUUUGCAUUGAUUUAUAGUUGCAUACAGUAAAUGAACUAAACUACACUGUACAUCCAAUAGGUACCUUCCUAACCACCCUCUGCAACAGUGAGCUAUUAGUGAGCAAUAUCAAUUUUUUGAAAAACCCCUCUUAAAUUAAAUCUUGGUUGCACCACUGUCAAAUUUAUAGUUUGUUUCUCUAGAAAAGUAAAAAAAUUAAAUUGAACAAGUUUUAUUAUUUUUAUUGGGUGGAAGAAGCAUAGAACUUAUAAACAAUAAUAACAAAUUGUAAAUAAUAAUUUAAGCUUCUUAAUUUUCAUACUAAAUAAUAUAUAAUAUUUCCCCUUCACAGUAAAUAUUAUAUUCAUAAUAGAGGUCUCAAACAAUAUUUAUAUCAUACGUGUUUUUAAAAAUAUUGUAUGUACAUUUUAAUGUGUUAAGCAUAUAUUAUAUAUAAAAAGAGUAAUCAUUCUCUUGUUUGCAAGAUAUAGUACAUAUUUAAGCUGAUAAAUAACGUAGUAUUAUGUUAAUUUUUAAAUAAACAUCUUUAUAAAGUGAAUAAUACAAAAGUUUGGAUGUUUGUGACUCAAAAUGAUUAGUUGGAUAAAAUUUGGCACACAGAUAGAUUGUAUUCUAUAAUGCACGAUAUUUUUUUUAUACAAGGUUUUUAAUAUUUUUAGAACGAUCAUGGUGAUAAGGAUAAAAAAUGUUUUUAGUUAAUUUGGUUGUCAUGAGAAAACUACCCUUUAAAAAAAAUAAUUACCUAUGAAUAAUUGAUAAUAUAAUAAGCAUAAUUAUACUUAUUUUAUAAUUUAAAACUUUUUAAAAAAGUAUGCAUUAUUUAAACUUGUUUUAUUUACUAUUUAGGUAUACAUUUUAUCAUUUAAUAAUAUUAUUAAUCUAGAUUUCAAAAGUAAAAUUUGUUUUAUAUUUCGUCAUUUAUUUUUAGACUGACACCCAAAGUGGCUGAAAAUGAAUUAGAUAAAGUAGAUAAAAUAAAAAUACGUCGAAGUUGUAUACCAUCCAAAGAUGAUCCUCCUGAAGAAAUGAUGGAAUGGUUAAAAACUUUUACGGUUUGUAGAAUUUUACUAUUAUUAUUUAGUGGCCUACUUAAGGUUUUUUUUCUAUAUAUUUUUAACUUUUAAUUAUUGUGUUUUAUACUUUGAUUUAGAAAUGGUCAAAUGCAGAAAGGAUGUUAGCUAUAGAUAUGUUAGUGGACGAAUGUGAACCAACUCAAGUCCGUCAUAUGUUACAGCUUAUUGAACCACAAUUCCAAAGAGAUUUUAUUUCUUUACUUCCUAAAGAAGUAAAUAUUCAUUAAAUAUUUGUGUAUUCUUGUAAUAUUAAUGAAAAUAUAUUAUAUCCUAGCUGGCCUUAUAUGUAUUAUCAUAUUUGGAACCUAAAGAUCUAUUAAAAGCAGCCCAAACAUGUCGUAGUUGGCAAUUUCUAUCUGAAGAUAACUUAUUAUGGCGGGAAAAGUGUCAAAACGCUGGUAUACCAUUGAUGGAUCAAUCAAUUAUGAAAUAUUUUAGAAAUCAUUAUGGUGUCUCACCAUGGAAGGUAUUUAUUUAAACUAUCAAUAUUAAUUUAUUUGAUAUAAUUACACUUAAAUUAAAUGUCCUUUUUUUCUCAGGCUUCAUAUAUGAGACAUCAUUCAAUUGAAAUGAAUUGGAGAGUAAGACCUAUGAAAAUGCCAAUAAUACUAAAAGGUCAUGAUGAUCAUGUCAUUACGUGUUUACAAUUUUGUGGAAAUCAGGUUGUUAGUGGUUCUGAUGAUAACACACUUAAAGUUUGGUCAGUUAUAACUGGGAAAGUAAGUGUUUAUUAAACAAUUAUUUUAAUUUUUUUUGCCUUUUGAGUAUAUAAAAAAUAAUAUUUAUGUUUAAAUUUUGAUAGUGUUUGCGUACUUUGGUUGGCCACACUGGUGGAGUAUGGUCUUCACAGAUGGCUGACAAUGUAAUAAUUAGUGGUUCUACUGAUCGAACUUUAAAAGUUUGGAAUGCAGAAACUGGUCAUUGUAUACAUACAUUGUAUGGUCAUACUUCAACUGUUCGUUGUAUGCAUUUACAUGAAAAUAAGUAUGUGUACAUUAUUCAUUUUUUAUGCCAAAUCAAAAAUAAAACUCCAUUUAUUCCUUUAGAGUUGUAAGUGGUUCAAGGGAUGCAUCACUAAGAUUGUGGGAUGUAAAGACUGGGCAGUGUUUAUCUAUAUAUCUUGGCCAUCAGGCUGCUGUACGUUGUGUCCAAUAUGAUGGUCGGUUAAUCGUUAGUGGUGCUUAUGAUUACCUUGUGAAAGUAUGGGAUGCAGAAAGUGAAACUUGCUUACACACAUUAACUGGUCACACUAACCGUGUUUAUUCCUUACAAGUUAGUUUAUUUUUAACUAUUUAAAUUUGGUAAUUUAAUUUUUAAAUCUUCUCCACCUUCAUCCCAGCUAUUUGAGGUCAGCCACCUUUGUUCUAAAUUUUCACUUUACUCAAUCUACCACCUCGCAUAUAUUGGCCAUCCUUGAGUGUUCUCAUAUCAUUCUCAAUUGGAUCCAACCACCAAUUUUUCAGUUUUUUUCUUAUGUUUAUUUCUAUUAUAAUUCUUACUGCUUUUGAUUCCUCUCUCCUCAUAACAUGCCCUAACCAUUUUAGUUUAUGUUCUCUUUAUUCAUUUAGGUAUACAAAAUUGGACACUUUUUUAAAAUAGUGUAAACAAUGAUUAAAAAAAAUUAUUAAAGAAUAUACUUUUAGUCUAACUAGAUGGCCUGUGAAAAAUCAUUUCAUAUUUUCUAAAUUGUUUUUAUAUACCAAAGAUAUAAUAGUCUUAAUUAAUUAAUUUUUUUUUAGCUUAUGACUAGUAAUAGAUGUAAACCUAAUUUGGUAUAGUGGCAUAAUUUGUAUUAAAAAUACUUAAUGUUUAUGUUGGUCUGAAGGAUGGAAAACAAUGGUCUCUUCCUAGACACUGCCUUGCUCAGUGAGAGCGGCUCCACAUAUAUCCAGACAUUUAAUUUACUAAAUUAUCUUUCAGUUUGAUAGUACUCAUGUGGUUAGUGGAUCAUUAGACACUAGUAUCAGAGUAUGGGAUGUGGAGACAGGUUCAUGUAAGCACACUUUAAUGGGGCAUCAAUCAUUAACAUCUGGCAUGGAGCUAAGAGAUAACAUUUUAGUAUCUGGAAAUGCAGAUUCUACUGUUAAAGUAUGGGAUAUACUUACUGGGCAGUGUUUACAAACUUUAUCAGGUAAAAGUUAAUAUUAUAUUAUUUUAUUUAUUUUUUUUUUUUUGCCAUGUUUUAAAUACUUCAAUUUGUUUAUAAACAGGUUCAAAUAAACAUAACUCUGCCGUUACAUGUUUACAAUUUAACACUAGAUUUGUAAUAACAUCUUCUGAUGAUGGAACUGUUAAAUUAUGGGAUGUUAAAACUGGUAAUAAUUUACACCAUUUUUAAAAAAUAAUUAAGAACAUUUGUAUACAUUUAAAAAAUGAUAAUUUUUAAUAUUGUUUUAUAGGUGAAUUUAUUAGAAAUUUAAUAGCCCUAGACAGUGGGGGAAGUGGUGGUGUCGUUUGGCGAAUACGAGCUAAUGAAACUAAAUUAGUAUGUGCAGUGGGCAGUCGCAAUGGUACCGAAGAAACUAAAUUGUUUGUAUUGGAUUUUGAUGCAGACUAUAAGUAA